GUUGGGAGGUUUCCUACACGCAGCAGGCCAGGGUAGCUUUCAGCGACUCGUGGUUUUGUAAUUGCCCCAAUGGCCUUCUGCCUGGUUGCAACGCUGCCGGCAGAGGCUGACUACACUCGUGAGCCCUGUCCUCGCUCAGCAGAUGGAAGGAGUGAAGUGAGGAAGUUUUAGCAGUAAGGAGGGAAGAAGCAUGAUUAUGUCAGACUAGAGACUUAAAGACAACAAGUUGAAGGCGCAGGACAUGGCACAGUACGGGUGUGAGGACACGGCCAGUCGAGCCGGCAGCAGCCAGUUGUUGGAGUGUAAUUGCGUGAGAGAUGCUGGGGAUGCCGGAGGAGACGCCGGAAAUGCGGGAUCAAUCCUCCGUGUCUGUGACACUAGAGCUGUGAUUGACAACCUUUAUGGAGCAAAGGCACAUAUUUUAUUAUUGAAAAAUAUUACGGCACACCAACAAACAAAAAUGUCAAAAAAAAGUGGAUACAUUAAUUACUGUAUGUACUUUCUACCAUCAAAUAGAAGAGCAUUUAUUUGUUCUGUCUGUCACUAUGCCUCACUGGCAUAAAUACAUUAUUUAACAGAUACAUUAUUAUUUCAAUUACGUAAUAUUUUUAUAAUUUCCCACGGCACACCUGAAGAGCGCUCACGGCACGCUAAUGUGCUCCGGCACACGUAGCUGCGACUGCGCGUCCUCUCCUGUGUAUUCAAAUAAUUCAUUGAGUAAUCAAACAUGAGUCAAAAUUGUUUAGCUGCAGGGUUCAUUUAAAUAUGAUUUGCAUAUUUAAAUGUGGACAGGGAGGGGCUGGCUACUCCAACAUGUGUGAUCAAUUCUACGUUGAUUGGGGUGUACGAAGGAAAUGUGCUUGGAUUCAUGCGCACGCACAGAUUCAUACAUCUUGAUAUUUUUGUGCGUCCGACGUUUUCUGGAUUUGCGCUUACGCCAUGUUUCAGUAGGAAAUCCACGCAAUUCUUUGUACAUGAGGCCCCUGAUGAUGCCGCUGACAUCGUAUUGAAUGAAUGAAAUGGUAUAGUUAACAGGCACCAUCCAUCCAUCCAUUUUCUGUCCCGCUUAUCCUCCCUUGGGUCGCGGGCGUGCUGGAGCCCAUCUCAGCUGUCUUCGGCCGAGAGGCGGUCUACAACCUGAACUGGUCGCCAGCAAGUCACAUAUAAACAAACAACCAUGCACACUCACAUUCAAACCUACGGGCAAUUUAAAGUCUUCAAUCAACCUACCACGCAUGUUUUGGGGACAUGGGAGGAAAUCGCAGUGCCCGGAGAAAACCCACGCAGGCACCGGGAGAACAAGCAAACUCCACACCCCGGUCCUCAGAACUGUGAGGCGGAUGUGCUAACCAGUCGCCCACCGUGUCGCCUCACUAUCCAUACAAUAUUUCCAAAUUUUGGGAAACUGAAAUGUUCAUCUAGCUAGCUAAUUUCCCAAAUUUGUCCCUGGCUAAGAUUUACACAUAAUGACGCAAUACACUGAAAUGAUCAAAUGUCACAGAGCGCAAAUAAAACACUAGAAAAAUAUUGAAAGAAAAAUAUUUAUUAAAUGAACAUUAAUAUUAUGCAUUACGCAAAUAUGCAAUAAUGGAGGUUAAAAACAAACCAAAAAAACUUUCAGAAUAUAAAUCUGAACAGGAGCAAAUUAUGGUUUACUCCAGUCCUGUUAUGUAUAUUGCGAACUGGUUACGUAUUGUCAAAACUGUUUUAUAAACGGUGAAUUUUCCAAGGAUUUUCACACUGAACCAGUUAUGCUGGUUGCUUUGCUGUCCAAUGAAAAAGCAUACUGUAAAUCUUGUGGUAAGGUGAUGUUUUUUUUUUUGUAUUUAUUGUUAAACAUUCACACUUUCAUGGAUCAGGGACUUGUACAAUUACUUUCUUGCAAACCUGAAAAUAGUUGUACGUCUUGUACAUACUGUAAUUAGUAGAAAAAAACUAAUUGCAGUGUUACUUUCUGAAUGAAAAGCUUUCCCUCGAGAAGAGACUUGAAUGAGUGAAUGAGUUUCCUUCCGUCUCAGGCUGUGUUGUAGGUCAGAGUGAUGCACUCUCAGCCGUAGGAGUCCCCCCUCACUGGGCCCCGCCUCCAGCAUGAGGAGUUAUGUAAGUUUUUCAGCUGCCAGUCCUCCUUCCUGCCUCUGCCUCAUGUUGACAUUGUUAUUGAGAGCUGCACACAGAGCGGACCAGCCAGUUGUCAGUGAGUCAGUCAGUCACUGUGGCAGUAGUGCGAUAGAGAGGCUCAGUACAGGACAAGCUGACGGACAGUCAUAGACGACUCCUGUUGGCUUACCUAAGGGUUCUGGCAGUGCGUGUAGGGUAGCAGGUCAAGAGGUUUCAAGCAGGAGUUUGGCACAAAAAAAAAAUUUUUUUUUUAAAAAAAGACAGCAGAGGAGGCAAAAAAAAAAAAAAGUAUACCAAAGCAGCCCUUUUUUUCACUCCAAAGCCAUGCUGCUUCUGGACGAAUCAGAGUCGCUCACAGAUCAGUCCCACAGUGCCUCCUUCAGCUCAGAGAAUGAGGCUCAGGGAGGUGACCCCGCAGCAUGGCAGUGCACCCCUCCACAGUCUACCUCACCUUCAGGGGGGACGCCAGCCAACGCUCCCCACUCGCAGCCUGCUUCGGGACCCCACUCUGUGGUCUCCAGCCAAAACCCCACCCCACCCUCCACCCUGACAGGAAGUAGGAAUAGGAGAUCAAAACCAUCGCACAUGAGACGUAACAUUAGGAAGUUACUGAGGGAGCAUCAGCUGGAAGCAGUCACCAAAACUGCUCAGCAGGAGGAGCUACAGAGAAGGCAACGUCUGGAUGACCAGAGAAAGCAAGAUUUCUCCUUACCACUGCUGCCUGAAUAUGAAACUGGUGAUGUAACAAAGCAUGUGUCAUCAUCAUCAGUGUCGCAGCAGCAGUUGAGACAGGAAGUCAUCUGCCUGGAGUCCAGUAGCACCGGUACUUGCCAGGACGUCAGUACCAGCAUACGUGCCUCCAACACUGAGCGCGCACACAAAGCAGGUGCGGUAAAUCUGAGCCAGGGCGAGUACGACGCUAUCAGCAGGGACUCCGCCCACCAUGAUAUAGUGCGUCAGCAAAGUGGCAUGCACAUCAACGAUGACUUCAAUCGCCCGGAUAACCAAGGACGGGUGCUUGUCAACUUGAACCAUCCGUCAACAGAGAAGGACAUUUUCCUGUCACGUCAGCUGGCGCGAGCUGUAAAACCUCACCAGAUUGGUGGAAUUCGUUUCCUGUACGACAAUUUGGUGGAGUCGGUGGAGCGUUUCGGCAGCAGCAGCGGGUUCGGCUGCAUCCUGGCCCACAGCAUGGGCCUGGGCAAAACACUGCAGGUCAUCUCCUUCAUUGACAUUCUCUUCAGAUACACGAAGGCCCACACCGUGCUCACCAUUGUCCCUGUCAACACAUUGCAGAACUGGCUGGCAGAGUUUAACAUGUGGGUCCCGCACGCUGAGGCCUUGCCCCCGGAUAGCGACCAUGGCGUGGUGAGGCCUCGCACCUUCAAGGUUCACAUCCUCAACGACGAACACAAAAACACAGCAUCCAGGGCCAAGGUGGUGGAGAACUGGGCCCAGGAUGGAGGUGUGCUGCUGAUGGGCUACGAGAUGUACCGCCUGUUAUCGCUCAAGAAGAACUUUGUGUCUGGGCGAAAGAAGAAGAGCAAGAAAACUGCGGGGCCUGCCGUCAUCGACCUGGAUGAGGAGGACCGGCAGCAGAAACUGCUCAAAGCUAUCGAGAAAGCCUUGGCCAGGCCUGGUCCUGACGUGGUGAUUUGUGAUGAGGGCCAUCGCAUUAAAAACUGCCAUGCCAGCACCUCUCAGGCCCUGAAGAAUAUCCGAACCAAGCGCCGCGUGGUUCUGACAGGAUAUCCACUCCAGAACAACCUGAUCGAGUACUGGUGCAUGGUUGACUUUGUUCGACCCGACUUCCUUGGCACACGACAAGAAUUCAGUAACAUGUUCGAGCGUCCAAUUCUGAACGGGCAGUGUGUGGACAGCACACCACAGGACAUCCAGUUGAUGAGGUACAGGAGCCAUGUGCUGCACAGCCUGCUGGAGGGCUUCGUACAGAGACGAGGCCAUGAUGUGCUAAAGGACCAGCUGCCAUCCAAAGAGGAGCAUGUGGUCCUGGUGCGGAUGUCUCCACUGCAAAGGGCGCUCUACACGGAGUUCAUGAACCGCUUCAGAGAGGCGGGAAACACCGGCUGGUUCAGCCUCAACCCACUCAAAGCUUUCUGCGUAUGCUGCAAGAUUUGGAAUCAUCCAGAUGUGCUCUAUGAAGCCUUACAGAAGGAAAACCUGGCAAGUGACCAGGACUUGGACCUUGAUGACGUCACCUCAGCUGCACCGACACAAAGUCCCACUGCAGCCAAUCAGAAGCCAAAGCAGGUGGAAAACCCAAACCUCAUCGGAGGGCUGAGUCUGAACCAGUUGCAGGAAAGGGCCAAUCAGGUCAUCACAUAUGAAUGGGCUAAAGACAUAAUGUGCGAUUACAAGCCCGGCAUUCUGGAGAAUUCUGCAAAAAUGGUCCUGCUGUUCCACCUGAUUGAGGAGAGUGUUGCAAAGGGAGAUAAACUCCUUGUUUUCAGUCAGAGUUUGUCCACUCUUACCGUGAUUGAGGAUUUCCUGGCCAAGAGGCCAGUACCUCGUUCUACCAACACCUCCACCAGAGACCCAGCCAGCCAGAACUGGGUCAGAAAUCUCAACUACUACAGACUGGAUGGAAGUACAACCACCUCAGAGCGAGAGAGAUUAAUUAACCAGUUCAACGAUCCCAGCAACACCUCAGCGUGGGUCUUCCUGCUGUCAACCAGGGCAGGUUGUCUGGGAGUGAACCUGGUCGGAGCGAACCGUGUGGUGGUUUUUGACGCCUCCUGGAACCCGUGCCAUGACGCCCAGGCCGUGUGCCGUGUCUACCGCUAUGGUCAGAGGAAGCCAUGUCACAUCUACAGGUUGGUGUGUGAUUUCACGCUUGAGAAGAAGAUCUACGACCGCCAGAUCUCCAAACAGGGCAUGUCCGACCGAGUGGUGGAUGAUUUGAAUCCUGUGCUGGCCUUCACCAGGAGGGAGGUGGAAUCUCUUCUCCACUUUGCCGAAGAAGAGCCAGAGCUCUGCCAAGUUCAACUGCAGCAUCGGGACAGCAUGGAUUGCGUCCUAGGAAAGGCGUUGUGCCUCUUCCCACACCUCAUUACCAAGCAACCAUUCCCCCAUGAGUCUCUGCUCAUGGACCGCAGAGAGCUGAAGCUGAGCACUGCUGAGAAGAAGGCAGCAAAAAAAGGUUACGAGGAAGAGAAGAGGGUGUCUGUGCCUUACACUCGCCCUUCCUACGCUCACUACUACCCUGCCAGCGACCAGAGCCUCACCAACAUUCCUGCAUUCAGCCAGAGAAACUGGCGACCACCUCACGCUGAGGACAAGCCGGUGGCCAAUGUCCGACCAGUCCACUCUGCUCCAGUUCCCACCCUACCUCGACAGGCGUCUGCAGGUUCGGCUCCAACAUCCAAAGACUCAUCAGCGUCCAGCCUUGGAGGUUUUCCUGUCAACUGCUUGCAAAAAGCUGGAGUGUUUGUGCAGAAGAUCAUUACUACUACAGAUAUGGUGAUUCCAGGCACCAACAGCUCAACAGAUGUCAAGGCCAGAAUCACAGCUGGAGAGAGCAUCCAUGUCAUUAGGGGCACCAAAGGGACCUACAUCAGGACAUCAGAUGGACGAAUCUUUGCUAUCAGAGCAGCUAGCAAGCCUAAGAUGUCAGAUGAGACUACUGCAAGAUCACACAAAGACCCCCAAGGCUCUGAAGUGAAGCAGCCAACUACUGGUAGUAAUGGUUGCCCUUCACCUGACCAACAGCAGCCAGUAACUCCUGACAGUUUGCCCCGCCCCCUUUCACCCGACAGCCCAGAGAUACUGAGUGAGUUGCAGCGUUACGCUGCAGGUACGGGACGCCAGCCAGAGAGGGAGGACGGGAGCAACAUGUACAAACUGCCUUCAGCUAAAAUGGGCCAAAGCAACGACGACGAUGGAAAUGUGAGCCACCAUGAUGCCAACAGGGGUAAUGUCAUCCAGCCCAACAUGGAUGCCACAGCUGCACAAGACUUGAGAAUCAACUCCAAGCGCAAAGCCUCCACCCCAUUGCCAGACGAGCGGUCUCGCAAGCAGCCAGCUGUUGGCAAACACUCCACAGCCUCUUUAGCCUCCCAGGGUUUUCCCUACACGGGUGCCUAUGGCUUCCCUCUGGGCUUCAACCCCGCCAUGCUGGGUGGCUCACUGGGAAACCCACUCUAUAUGGGGGCUGGCUCGCCUUUCUUCCACCCUUCUCAUAGUGCACUUGGCAACCCUAGUUUCAUGCCAGAGUUGUUUGGUUUGGGCGCAGUCCCCACCUCAUCCUCCACCUCGGCACUGUCCACUUCUACCGCCACUGAUGUCUCGACUUCCUCAUCCCUGCCAUCCUCUGCGUCAAAAGCUUCCACUUUGGCUCCAGGCACCCUACCGUCAUUCAUGCUGAGCCCCAACCUCGCAGGCAUGGCCGGGAUCCUGCCACCAAGCUUUGCCCUAUCCUAUAGUCAAUCUCUGCCCAGCUUUUACCGGGGGUCAAUGCUCCCUGGUGGGCUUCCCGGUCCAGCGGCAACUCCUGGUCCAGCUGGAUCAAGCUUUCUCUCCCAAUGCACUAUAACUGCUGGCUCCAGCUCCUCAUCCUCAUCGUCCCCUUCAUCAUUUUCCCCGUCGGCACACUCUGAGGACCAAAGGGCCAGAGCUAUUGUCAAUGGCAGGAAUGUCAGUAGCCCCGGCAACUCGGAUGACAAUGAGGAAGUCAUUGAGGUGAAUGGCCAAUGAAAAAAGUGAUGCUCGGUUUGAUUUGUCUGUAAUAGGAUCUCCAUCCUAUUUGGUGCAGGCUUUAAAAAGAUCCUCUGAGGGACAACAGACAUGGCGUUACAUGAAUCACAACGUGUGCUCUGAUUGUGUCGACUCCACACAGUGUUAUCUCUUGAUUCUGAAUUUGUGAACUUAUUUCAAAUCUCUUUUGGGACAAGAAAAUGUAAAUCCUAAACCUUUGGGCGUCUGCCUUUGAUAUGUAAUCAUCACUGGACAAAAAAAAGCCUGCAGUGAUUGAAAUGGCUUGUUGUUCUACCGACUAGUGAAAACAAAACAACAGCAGAUUUACCAGGGGACAUUUUUUUUAUUUUAGUUUAGCUGUAGCAACGGUUAUGUCUGUAUCAGUCUGUAGGGAUGGGCCUAAUAGUGUAGUUGAGAAUUAGAUGAAUUGUGUGUAAAUUGUCGUUGCUUAAUAAUUUCUUGAAGCUGUGAAGGCUAAAAGCAGUGAACUACUUGACUGCAGCCAGCAGAGGCACUGUUGGUUUAGUCUCAACCAGUUUACUGUCAAAACAAGGGGAGCUUGACAUCAGCUAAUGUCUACAUCCACACAAAUGGUUCAUCUCUUGUGUAGCAGUAUUCUGCUCAAUAAGAUGCUGGAUGGAAUUCAGGACAAUUCGAGAGAUACUCUCAUCCCGUUACAAAUCUGCCCAUUCCUAAUCGUUUGUCACAUCCAGUCUUGCUACUGAAUAUUCAACACAUUUUAAGGAAUGUAGAACUAUAAACAUUUUCAACUUCUCUGCCAGGUGAGUGGUAUUGUAUGUUUUUGUAUUUGGAAGUAAAUAUGAAGAAGACAGGAUGAUGAGGUAAAACUUCUAAAACCUUAAAACAACAGAAUGUAUGCUUAAUCAAAUGCCUUUGAACUAGGCCUUUAUUAAAGACUCCUCCUGAGACGUGACAUGGGAAUGUCAGUUUUUCUGUAUUUUUUGUAUUAUUUUACCUUUGCCUAAAAACAGCCAGGGGAAAAUGAGGAAAAACUGUCUCCCCUCGUAGCGGAGAAACAACCACCAACGGAAAAUGCCUUUUGCCGCUUAUCUUUCUGAAUGUGAACUGUGAACAAGGAGAUGCAAAGAGAGGAGUUGAAAUCUCACCCACAGUCUUACUGUAGCCUAGUGACAAAUAAUGCAAAGCACUCACUCAAGCCUAUAUACUGUAUAAGUACAUGCCAACAGGAGUCAAACUGACCACACCUGAAUUUUGGUUUUAGUGUUGUCUGUGUUUGUGUUUGCGUCUGUGUGUUGCAGUUUGAAAUGUGAAAGAAAGCAACAGGGUUUCGUGAUAUUACACUUUUUGUUCUGCUGGUGUUUAAAUGUUAAUUUGACCUCAUUUGUUUGACUUGAGGUCUUUAUUGAAAUCCUUUUUGGGGGGAACUUUGCCAAAAACAGCGCACAGCUGCAUCCUCCGUCAUAGAGGAUUUUGUCUUAAGCGACCAAAAUUAAAUCAAAAAAUGCUUUGACUAUACUGUGUUUCCUCAAAUAGUGGGCAUCCCUCUUACAUUAAUUGUAAUUAACUUCAUGGAUGUGAUUUAAAGAGUUAACUGUGCUGUAUGUAUGUUACUAACCAAACCAGCAGCCCCUACCGAGGCACGUGAAUGGUCUGCAGUCUUAAUGCAUGUUGAAAAAUAUACCAGUACUGGUACCAUUGUGGUAUAUUAUUCAAAAAAAUGAUUUUGUACAAAUACAGGCCUCCCUCAUCUGCAGUUAAGUAUAUAAACACCCCUGGCCGCUAUUUGCGGAAACAUGCUAUAUAAAUACUGAAUAAGGCCAUCUGUCAGUUUGACCUAGUAAUUAGCACUGCUCUACACUCUCAAAUUGGAGACCUGUAUGUGGAGACAAGGACCCGGCCACCACCCACCACCAUUUUUGACCCCAGUGUAUUCACGUGUUUUGACAAUGUGCUUUCAAAACCAGCAGCUCAUUUGUUAUACGAAACAAACUUCACAUCCGUAUGCAGAGAAUAAUUGUGAAAGAGAUUUAUAUUUGUGCUUCAUUCUGAAAUUGCGAGUUUACCUGUUUCAUUUUUGUCUGGGCAAUAGUUGAAUUUACCAAGGUAAUUUAUUUAUUACAAUGAAUAUUUAUUCAUUUGUAGUGUAUUGAAUAUCUUUUGUAUUUUUUUUUUUUGUAUUGUUAUACUACUUUUGUUGUUCCUAAAGUUGGAAGAAAACAUUUUGAGUUCUCUUCCCCCACCCCAAAAAACAAACAAACAAACAAACACUUACCAGUUCAGUUCCAGUUCAUAUUUAAAAUGCAGCAUUUGCAUGUGUGGACCAACCAAUAAUGACCAGGAGAGUGUUUAAGAAAUUUGAAGUAAUUAUCAUCCUGCUGACAGUUACACAAAUCAUCUCUUAAAUUUUGUGAUUUUGGAUAAAUCAUCGGGUUUAUAUUUUGUUCAUUGUCAUUUAAUGUGAAAUCUUUUAUUUGACGACCGAUUCCUUCAUUAAAGGUUUGUAGUAAAUGUCUGCUCACAAAUGAAUAUCAUAAUACACGCCAUUUCUGCGCAUUAAACUUAAGAUCAAACCACAGUUAAAUUCUUCAGAAAAAAAAAAUCAUCAUAUUGUUACAAUUUUUUGGUUUUUUGUUUUCAUAUCACAAAUGAUGGAAAAAGGUUUGGAUGUCAGCUUGACAUUCGCUGUACCAGUUUAAUUUUAUUUUAUAAAGUUUUCUACUUGAAUUUGCAUCUUUAUUUAUACAAAUCAAAGAAGUCCAAUGAGCAGAGCUGUCUGAAUUGCAUUCACGGUGAGAAGAUUGAAACUGCUAACUUGGAGGACUGACUGGUCAAACUCUGAUAUGUAGUGAAUCCAUGGACUGAGUGUAUGACCUUGGAAUACAGUACUUUGUUCAUUUGUUUGUUUGUAAAAAAUUUACAAUAAAAUGACUAUUCCAAAUGUUA